AAUAUGCGCACAUACCCGGAUGCGAUUCUGAAGCGGCCAUAUUUGCUCAGUGUAGUUGAUAAAGCAUGAGACAGGAAGGAGUUCAGCUUUUUGAAUUACUGUGAAAUUUACUGCAAAUGGAUCGUCAGCAGGGUAGAAAACCUAUGAGGAGGAUGAGGGAUAGUCCUGAAAUGCAGCGAAUGCCAGAUCGAGAUAGAAUGAGCCCUGGGAGUGACAGGUAUGAUGGUAGGGGAGGUGCAAAAAUGGGAGGGCGAAUGAGGAGCAUGGAGAGAGACGACGGUGGCAGGCGUGGGACCGGCGGCGAUAGGCGUCCACCACCCCGCGAUGACUAUGAUCGCCCGCAGAAUUAUGAUCGUCCUCAAAACUUCCAAAGUGAUGGCUUUCAGAGGAAAGAACCAGAUUGUUUAAGAAUCACAAAUUUCCCUUCUCAUGUUUCUGAUACAGCAAUUAGAGAUGCUCUUUUUCAUGAAUUUAAGAAAUAUGGUGAAGUUAAUGUGCGUGUUGUGUUCAGUCAAGCGAAAAAUGAGCGGAUUGCUUAUGUGAGAUUUAGACUUCCAGAUCAGGCUAGAGAUGCAAUGCAAGCUCGUGGUGAUCGUCUUACAUUGUUUGCAAGACCGUUGCACAUUGUAGCAAUUGUAAAUAAAACAAAUCAUAAUCAGGGGCAAGGUCAUGAUGGUGGUUACAUGAAUAAUAGACAAAAUGAUUUUCAAGGGAGACGUGGUGGAAUGCAGGGAAAGAAUUACAGGCAGGAUAUGGGCAGUAGUGGUGGUGGCAGAGGAAGAGAUAGAGAUUUUAAUCGAUAUGAAUCAAAUUCCCGUAACUAUGGAAAUGAUGGGUAUCACCAAAAUCAAGGUCGUGAUAGAGACCGUGAUGCAACAUUUUUGCCUGAGGAUGACCCAAAGGCUACACGUACAGUGUUCUGUGGUAACUUGGAAGAUGGUAUCCAAGAAAGUGAGAUUAGAAGGCAUUUUGAGAGAUAUGGCUUUGUUGAAGAAAUUGACAUCAAGUAUCCACCUCGAGGCCAGGGAAAUCCUUUUGCUUUUGUGAAAUUUGAAAAUUUGGAUAUGGCUUAUAAGGCAAUAAUCUCUAUGUCUGGCCAGUAUAUUGGGAGGAAUCAGUGCAAGACAGGAUAUGGAAAACAGUCUCCAACAAAUUGUCUAUGGGUUGGAGGUUUGGGGCCUUGGAUCACAUUGGGUGUGCUGGAAAGAGAGUUUGAUCGCUUUGGAGCAAUUAGAAAGAUUGAUUAUAUUAAAGGUGAUUCAUUUGCGUACGUCCAGUAUGAAACUGUAGAAGCAGCCCAGGCAGCUGCCAGCCACAUGCGUGGUGUUCCUUUAGGAGGACCAGACAAACGACUUCGGGUAGACUUUGCUGAACAUGGGCCUGGCAUCCAAACAACUAAAAAGCAAUUUAGACCAUACCAAGGACCACCCAACCAUGAUGAUGGCUCAGGUGGCAGAGGCUACAAUCGUUACAAUCAAGACAGAGAUAUUGGUCGAGAUAUUUCACCUCCUUCAUUUCGUGAUGGAUCUGAUCAGUGGCAAGGAGGGGGAGGAGGUUAUGAUGGAGGUCGUGGGAACUGGCAAUCUGGUAGUCGAUACAAAAAUGAUAACUGGAACCGAAGGGACAAUGACCAAUCAGGAAGAAUGAUGCAACGAGGUGAUAAUCGUAAAAGGCGAAAUGGAUCCCCUGAUGAUUUCGCUGGUAGGGAUGACUGGUCACCAAGCAAUGUGAAAGCAUCUAAGCGCCGAAGGUCCCCUGGUGGUGAUUGGUCUCCUGAGCGAAGGAAACCUAGAGAUUCUUCACAUGGGCGUGAUUGGGAUGCUUCACCGGAUGGCCGUGUACGCCGUCAACGAUCCAUAAGUAGUGAUCUUUCUGACCAGGAUUUUGGUAGUCAACCCAUGGAACGUCGUCGAAAGCGAAGUAACAGGCGCUCCAGAAUUCCAGAUAGCUUAGAUAACUUGUCUGAUCUUCUCAAUUACUUACCAAUGUCUUGGAGAGGUCAUUUGGUGUUGAAGAACAGUGCAUUUGCUACUCGCAUGUUUUUGGUAGGAGGAGAUGCAGACACUGCUGAAGCUCUGCUGCCACAUGACUUAGGAAGUGAUGAGUCUGCCUUGAGGAUCACACAGCGCCUACGUUUAGAUCAACCUAAGCUUGAUGAAGUGGGCAAAAGAAUCUCGCAGGCUGGAUCCAGUGGUCAUGCCAUUUUGCUUUCUGUUGCUGGAACAAGUGAAGAUUCAGACUCUUUACCAUCUGGAACCCAGCCACGUGCCUUGGUGAACUUGGUUACUUACCUUCAGCAGAAGAAAGCUGCUGGAGUUAUCAGCCUACCAGUUAGUGGAGAGCAAAAUAAGGAUAACGUUGGUGUCCUUCAUGCCUUUCCACCAUGUGAAUUCAGUCACAAGUACCUUCUUGAUAUUGCUCCUGGUUUAGGCCCAGAUCCUUGCAAAGAGGAUCAUCUUGUUGUGAUCAUUGUGAAGGGGGCAGCAUAGGUUUUUAAUAUGUUUUUAAAGUAAUUUAACUUAAUGUAAUAAUUUGCCUUGGUAUGUAGUGUGUAAAAUGAUAGAAUAAGAAAUGAAUACAAAAAUAAAACUUAACAUUCAAUUGGGAAUAUUUUCAUGUAUGUACAUGCACUCUUGAACUUGCAACUUGUAUUUGUCAUAUUUCUGAUAAGAAUGAUUGGCAAAAUUGUGUAGAUUUUGUAAUUAGAGAUGAAAUAUCUUAUGCAAUUGUUUUAAAAUGUGUGAUUCAUGAAGUAUUAAGAAUUAAAUUAUAACAAGUUGUUUAUGUUGAAUUAACUUUGCACUGAAAUUUGCAUCCUGAUGAAUCAACCCCUAAACAUGCCCUACAUAUAAAUGGCAGGACAAAGAUAAAAAACAAAUUUUACAUUAUGAAUUCAAAAUCAUUUUCAAUAUUACUUUAUUUUCAGUACUGUUAUAUGAAUUUUUUAAGUCCAUUCUAUUUGGUUGAUUUGUCAGUUUAUUUGAAUAAUAUUUCUGUGUUAGAUUAUCAUUGCCAAUAUAAUUUCUAGCUUAAAAAAGAAAUACAGGUCCGGUCAGUGAUCUUUGACAAUAGUUACCCUGAACUUGACAUUACACUCAGCCAGAACAAAAGAAAUCUGCCUAGUCAGCUCUUAUAAAUAUUUAUAUGGAUUCGAGGUUUUUGCAUUGGCUGUUAUAGAUUUAAAGUGAAACUAAGAUCCUAUGGGAUUUUUUUUAUCCUAGAGUUACAUGUGAAUGACAUGUGAAAAACAAAAAUGUUAUGACCAUAACCAUUGCAGUGAUCAAAUGCAUAAUGUUCAUUUCUACUGAAAUUCAUGAAAUCUUGAAUGGAAUAUUUCAUAGUCCCCUGUACAGUACAUCCUUUUCAUCAAGACAGCCUACAUGUAUAUGAGACUCCCAUGUAUAUUCAAUGUGAGUUUUUUUUUUUUAUUAAUUGAAUUAUCACAAUUUGAAUUUGAAAUACAUGACAGUGUAAUUUACUCUUUUACUAUCAGCAUAAUUUUUUGGGGGAAUACACUACAUGUAGUACAUCAUGUAUGCGAGUUGGGCAUACUUUUUCUUCAUGAAAUAACUUCUUACUGUUUGUUGCAUAACUGGCACUCUAAAGACAAGCAAUACACAAAAUACUUGAUUUGCAAUGGCCAUCGAUGGGCUCUCUUUCAUUUCAUAAAGUGGACAAGCUUGCAUCUCAUUUUGUGGCAAGGCCAUCAUGACCGGAUCAGUUGUUGAAUGGGAACGUCUUCAAGUUGUAGCAACUGAUGAAAUAGAAUUCUGCAAUGAUUGCCCUCCCAAAUGCACGCUCCCCAUUUCCAUUAGCUACCUGUCAAAUGCACCUUGAAAUAUCUUGAACGAUUUAUCUUAUGGGCUCAGUUCAGUUACAAAUCUGUCAAAUCCCUUCUCUGAAAAUGUUCCUGAUCCACCACUCCACUAUCCUCAUACUGAGUUAAAGCUUCAAAUUUGCAGCCAUGACAACAAUUCCAACCCCACUGAUGAUUGAGAAGCUGAAUUUGGAAGGAGAAACCGCAAAUGUGUGCCAACAAUCAUGUUUGCUAUUUGCUAUAAGGAGUGCUUCAACUGACCAAAGCUGUGUUUUUCGUGAAAAAAAACUUUGACAAGAAGGAUCACUCAAUGGAAAACCAAACCAUUUUGUUAUGGAGAGGAACAUUAACCAUUCUUGUGGUGAACUGAAUGAAAUAUUUAUGUGUUUUGACUUGGUGCAUUUUUUAUAAUGUGGAGCCAUAUUUAUCCUUGGAGGAUCAAAGUGAACUUUUGCUUGUGCUUAUAAAUCAAAAGGGAUGUCUGUGAACUUGCUGUGAACUGGAGGAUAAAAUUGCUUUUUGUCUGAUCAUCCAUGUUGCUCAUAAUCGCUGAAGAGCAUUCACCUUUGGAGGAAUCACAAUUAUAUCCAUCAGGAGGAGACCUUCUGACAUCUCACAUUCAAGGAUUAACAGUACGUUGGGAUAAAUGGACAUUAGAUUUUAAGAAAUUAUAUUGCUUGACUAUAGUACGGUAUACAUGUAAGUGAUUGCUUUACAUGUUUUAUCAUACAUGAAGGUACAAUGUAUGCAGUCAUUCUGUGAAAGGGCAUAUAAUGUACAUGAACUCCUGUAUCGUACAUGUAGAUCUCUGUUGAUAUUACUUAGUACUUUAAUAUACUGAAAAGUGUAUUGUACAUGUACUUGUAAGAUUAAACACUUUCAUAAUUUACAUAUUUUUUUCUAUAUUUCAAUCAUACUGAGUAAACCACACAUAGUUCAAAAUAUAAAAAUGGAGGAAAAUGUAUGCAUACCAUUGAUAUCUUGUGUAAACUUGGAGGGCCUACAUGUAUAUAAUCUCAUGCAUAUUAAACUACAUUUGUAUUUGUGUGAUUUUCCUUUUCUAAGUUUUACAUUUAUCGGUAAGCAUAACUGCUCUGCUCACUGACAAAAAUAUGGAUCUGAUUCACAAAUAAUAUACAUUGCUAAAUGGGAAAGUCCCUCAGAGAGAGAGAAAAAAAUGUGAUUUGUAUUCAUAUAUCUCUUAAGGUCAAACCUUUGAAAAUAACAUGUUUUGAGAUUACAUAUGUUAUUAGGUGGAAAAUGAGAACAAAUGUUUUUGUACACUGUAUAUUUUUGUGUCAAUGGUCAGCAUAACAUAAACAUGUACCGUAAUGGGGUAGAUGAUGUGAUCAUGUUUAUGUGUAUUGCAUAAAGUGUUGCAGAUCAGUGUCUGAAAAGUUUAUAUUUUUAUGUACCUUAUUUACAUGUAAAUAUUCAAAUAAACUACAUGUAUUACAAUGAAGUGGAUAAUAACUGUACAUGUAUGUUGACAAUCACUUGUAUACACUUUUGUAGACUUGGGUUUAGAAUUAGACUUGUUGAAUUAGUUUACAGACAGUGGGUUAUUUUAAAUCAGAUGUAAUUAAAUACAAAUUAAAAACAUAUAUUUGCUUCAAGAAAGGCAAUUUAUUCAGUAGUACAGUUUUAUGCAGCUUUCACGACAACAUAGUUUGCUUUUCGAGUAAGCAUUUAUUUUCUUAUUUGCUAUUAACACAGUAUUUAAUUCAGUACUUGUCUGCAGGACAGUUAACUGACAUUUUCUGUUGUUUUAAAUCUUGAUUUUAAGUGUAUUCAGAUUUUGCAGAAAAUCUCAUCCCAAUACAUGUAGGAAAAAAAAACUUGAGUGUAAAUAUGUUUAUGAAUAUGUCAUUUACAUAAUUGCAUUAAUGUUUAUUUUGUAUAUUAGUUAAUGCUAUCUUUUUAUUGUGUGUCUCAUGAAAUCAGUUUUAAUAGGGUCUUGCAAAAAGUUUCCAAUAUAUUUUCUUGAUUGUUUUAAUUGUAGACUGACUAAAAUUGUACCUUGACACAGAUGUACCUGCAUGACAGUGCAUGUACUAAUCUGGUGGUGCAUAAUAUGUAGUCAUGUUGGUGAUAGGACAAAAACCAUAAGAGCAAAUGCAUCCAAGUGUUGAAAAUGAACUGUUUGAUACAUAUACACUGUAAUUUUGUUAACUGAAGAUUGGGCAUGUUCUUGUGCUUUCUACUAGAAUAAUAUACUGUAUGUUCAAGUUGAAAAAGGUUGUACAUGUACAUUGUAUUGAAGCUAUGUUUAAACAUAUUAGAUCAAUCAAAACAUAAACAUAUUUUAGCUUAUUUUUAGAUAAUGUAACAUGAUUUUUGUUUGCAAGAAUAAUUGUCACAGCUCAUUUGUCUGAUUAAAUAUCAUAAAUAUAGUUGUACAUGUGCACAUAAA